UGCGCACGUGCUGUCGUGCCGAUCGUUCUUAACCUCAAAAAAGCGGCCGUUCGAUGAGACGACCGAAAGAUUAUUAUAAAUACAAGGGGCAGAAACUGACGACAGAAAUAUUUUGCAGGAAUCAUUGAAUUUCGAUAAUGGCGAUGCAAGUUCCAGGUGACGUGGACGCUGAACAAAUUAAAUCUUUUCGAGAUUUUCUGACUUCGUACAACAAACUCUCGGAGAUAUGCUUCAUCGACUGCGUGACCGAUUUUACAACGCGAGACGUGAGAGCCAAGGAGGAGAAGUGUGCCCUCAACUGUAUGGAGAAAUAUCUGAAGAUGAAUCAGAGGGUGUCCCAACGUUUUCAAGAAUUUCAAAUAACCGCUAAUGAAAAUGUUAUGGCAGCUAAGAAGAAAGGUUAGGCAAAUGGACUCUUAUAAAGUUGUAAAUAAAAGUUGUGCGAUCUAUCAAAAUUUCUCUGCCAUCGUAUCACAAAAGGACUAUAGAGGGACACUACUUGUAAGUUCCUUACGACAGUGUUAAUUCGGUUAAAUUUUACACGCAGAUACCUAGUUCAAUAUUUCGCAGAAAUUUAUUGGAUAUAAAAAUGUCUUUUUAGUAUCUGAAAUAAAAUAUAAUUGUAUACUUUGCGAUACGUUACGACAUAAAAAAUUUGCACUAUGUAAAUUACGAAAGUAAGGUUAUUGAAUUUUACUGUACAUGUUAUAUAAGUAAACUUGUUUUAUUUAUCGUUCUA